UCUCCAAAAUGGCGGCGCGCUCUCAUCAGCCGGGGGCGGCGACGGCGGCUGCGGACAGCGGCUCCGUGUUGCCGCAGCGGGACCCGGCGGCAGUGACGGGCGAGCUGCCCGCCCUAACGCCUCAGGAAAUCGGGCGGCGGCUGCAGAGGACUCGCAGGGAACUGAGCAACAGGAGGAAGAUCUUGGUGAAGAACCUGCGCUCGGGACAGCGGCAGCCAGGUACCGGUGCCCGGGGUGGUAGUGGAAGUGGGGUGGGGCAGCUGGGCGAGGAUCGGCGCUGCGCACCUACGGCGGUCGUUCUGGGGCUUGGAGAGAAGGGGCGGAGGGGUCCGUGUCCAGGUGGCUCGCCGCACCUGCCACCCCGCCCGCCGACUGCAGCCAGUCCCGGCUCCAGACCCAGCGCCGGCUGCAGACUCGCUGCUGCUGACUGGAAGGGAACGGGUCCCUCUGCUUAUUUUGCCAUUACCAUGCCUCCCAAAAGCAAAAAAGAUGCACGUGAUGGUAGUGAAUCUAAGAAAAAGGAAAACAUCGCCACUGAAGUUAAAACAGAUGUAAUUAAGCAAUCUGAAAAGGGAGAGAUGCCACCGAAAAUUGGCAAAGUGUUGGGUUUCAGUCAUUCACUGCUUGGUACUGUCAUAAAAGACACAGCAUGCAUCCUUGAAGGCAUUAAAGGAUCAGUUCCAAAGCACACUACCAUUAUUACAAAGCAGCAAAGUGGUUUGAUAAUUGAGACGAAAAAGCUGCUGGAUGUACAUGAAUUGCUGAAAGGUUAUGAAUUGAAGUACUGCUAUGUGGAUAAGAACAAAGGAACAGCUUUUGUUACUUUGCUGAAUGGAGAACAAGCACAAGAUGCCAUUCGCAAAUUUCAUAAGUCCAUUUUCCAGGGAAGAGAGAUAUCUGUUCUGCUACAACCUACAGAUAGCUUGCUUUGCAUUACUCAGCUGCCGCUUUCCUAUACACAGCAACAGUUUGAGGAGCUGGUCCGCCUCUAUGGAAACCUGGAGCGGUGCUUCCUUGUUUAUAGUGAGACUACUGGGCAUUCAAAAGGUUAUGGUUUUGUGGAAUACAUGAAGAAGGACUCUGCUGCUCGAGCUAAAUCUGAACUUAUGGGUAAACAGCUGGGAUCUUGCAUCCUGUAUGUGCAGUGGACAGAUGUCGAUCAUCUGUCAGCUGAUUUCCUUCAUUCAAAGUGCCUGUGCGUUGGUAAAAUCCCCCACGAGUACAAAGAUGCAGAGGAGCUAAUGCAACUCUUCUCUCAGAUGUUUAAACCAGUUUUCUGUCAGCUUGCCCAGGGCUCAGGUAGCCAUCCUUCUUUUGCAGUGGUGGAGUACGAGACUGCUGAUCAAACUGAAUUAGUUCAGCGAUCCACGAGCGGAAUGCUUAUUGGGGGUAGCCAUGUCCAUAUUUCAUUUUGUGCUCCAGGGCCUCCAGGACGAAGUACACUGGCAGCACUAAUUGCUGCCCAGAGGUUGUUGAUAAACAGCAGAAAAGGUCUCCUUCCUGAACCCAACCCUUUGCAGUUCAUGAACACCCUGGGUAAUCCUGCUGUAUUGCAGUUGUUACUGAGACCUUACUUCAAUGGGCAUGCUGGCAAAAAAAGUUGGCCAGCAUCUGUGAUGAGAGAAACUGUUAGAUCUUCAGGUAUGCUGGGGAAUACUUGUGGCCUACCAGUUUUGCCAAAUCCUGUACUGACUGCAGCUCUGCUUCAUAUAAGUCAAGCACAACAGACUGCUGCAUUGGGGAAUGGAUUGUUUCAAAAUCUACUGCGAAUGCAGGUGGCACAGCAACAACUGCUGCUGAACAAAGAGAAUCCAGCAAUCAACAAUAAGUCCAGUUUACUGGGAAACCCUUCCUUGUUACUUCAGGGAGCUAUGGGGCUUGGAUCAACCAUGACAUCAAAUCCUGGGAAAGGGACUUUGGCCGAAUCAUCAAAGGGUAUUCCGGUUCCUGCAUUUAGUGCUGAACUUGCUAAAGCAGCUGCACAGCCACCGGUGGGGACUUUGCCAUUUUGGUCCAAUCAGAAGUUCUUGGGGCAAGAUGAGCAGAAAACUCUCUUGGAAAAGCCAAAUCUGGUCAUGGGGCCACCCUCACUUUCUGCUCCUAUUAGCCAGGCUCAUCUUCAAGCUGUUCCCAAUUUUGUUUUGGGUGGCUUGUUGGCCAGCCACCAAAAGCAGCAAACUCAACCAACUACACCUGUGAAUGGGACAUUUUGGAAUGCUGCAGUGGGCAACCAAUCGUCAUUGCUAGGAGUCCCACCAAAUGACCUAAAAAUACCAAACAAUCCCUAUCUUAACUUUUGCAAUAUGUUGCCAAGUCCGAAUUUACAUGUUGGAAAUGCUAAUAGGCACACUCCUGUACAACAACAUGGUGCAGUUCUGGAAUCCAUAAUGAAUCCAGCCAUUUCCAGGGCAGCCAUAGCCUCAGAAAAGCUGCAGACAUCUGAUUCACAGUGCACAUUUGACUGCUAUACUACGUAUGCACCCAACUGUGGCGAAUACACACAGGAUAUCAUGCAACAGUGGUACCAGAAUUCUAUUUCAUCACACAACUCUUCUGAGCCAUUUGUUCCAGAGUGUGGAAAAGAACAAUGUGAGGUACCAGCACCAACUUUUGUUCAGACAUCAGUUGCUCCCCUUGAAACAUUCUAUAAUCAGCAUUUUUCUGCAAAUGCCAAUGUGGAUUACAGUAUGGCUGUGCAAGUGGUGCCUUCAUGUUACGCUGGGAGUCAGACCUACUUUCCUAGAAGUGUACAAACAAGCCAAAUUUGUAUGCAGGAUCCUCCAUGUUCAGCACAGCAAUCACUUGCCCCAGGGGAUGGAAUCCUGGGUCCAGCACCACUGGGAAACACUAUGACUAAUAUCAAGUCUCCAGUGACUGGCCAGAAACGUGCAUCUACCUACCUCCUGCCUUCCCCAGAAGUGAGUCCUGAUGGCAGCUACGUUGGGCAACAUUCGCAAGGCUUGGGUGGUCAUUAUGCCGAUUCCUAUUACAAGAAGAAAAGAAUAUUUUGAUUUGCAAUCACCAUUACUUCUGCUCUUUCUUUUGCUUAAUGCUGGAAGAUUCUUUUAAAUGUGAAACUGCCCUUUGUCAGUUCAUUUUUGUUUAGAAAAAUUAGAUCUUAAAUUAAGUUUUAAUGAGGAUUCUUUAAAUUUUAUUUCUUGAAAUCUAAUUUUUAAAAAAACAAAUUUUUGGCUUCCUCUGGAUUGCAUCUUUGAAGCAGAUUCAGAUAGACUAGCAUGCUUUUUGGUUCAUGCCUAAUGCAAACUGUCCAGGCAUAAUUGUUUGAAUCUAGCUGUACAAUCUGGUUUCAGAUUUAAGGUUAUUGCAGGGUGGAACCAGCUUUAACAUAUCUCAACUGGACCUUGUGUAUUUCAUUUGAAUUUGGAGCAGUUCAUAAUCAUAAUUGAAUGUUUCACUGUACAAUGUAUUAAGGCUUUUGUUUGGGGGGGGGGAAUGGCUGAAAAGGAUAAAUGUGAAUCCCUCUUCCCCCCCCCCCCCCCCACCCUACCCCAACCCCAAUUUAUUUCCCCCCCCCCCUCCAAUCAUUUCACAUCAGGUACACUUUCAUUUAGAUAUUGAAUUGCACUACUUUUAAAACAAAAAAAAAUUAUUUCACAAAUGUGCAGUGUUUUAAAAUGUACACGAAAAUCAGCUUUAACCAUGAAUGAACCACUUGCUCUCUGACUGCACUAACUAACUUGUAUAUUUGAUGUAGUUGUGUCUUUAUAUUUACACUAUGCAGUACAUGCUGUCUCCACCAACCAAAGCAAAAAAUGUUCAUUUUUGUUUAAGACAUAUUAUAUAUCACUGAAAAUGCAGAAGUAUUUUCAUUCCCUCAGUGAAAUGUUUUUUUUUCUGGUGCUUUGAAGGUUUCUGCUGGGUCCAUGUUUUCUUGAUGGGAUAAUUUUCAAUACUGAAAUGUAUAUUAGUGUGUUGUGCACUGGUUAGUAAACUAGAAUUUUUUGGGGACUGUGGUACGGUCCAUAUAAAAAGGUUGCAGUUUUUGACCAGGAAAAAUAUGGGAGUAAUUUCACUACAGUUGAAUCAUAAACAUUUUUUUUUCCUGUUUUUGAAAGUAAAAGUCUUGAUUCUUUUUUUCCUGUUUUUCUUUGUCCCUUUUUUUUUGGUGGAUGCAUUUAAGGUUUAAAAACCUUUAUCUUUUUAGCUCUGUUUGGAUUCCCAAGGAAUUUUGUGAUAUUGUAACAUGGAUGGGGCACUGUGUGUACCUCUGAAGCCAUCAUGAUCUUGCUCAGUUUUUAACAAAGGACAUUUGGGGGGCAAAACUGAAAUGGCUGUAUUAAAUACAACUUGUUCUGGAAAUAAAACUGUCUGUUUAAUACAGGUCAGAAAUGCCUUUUUGUUUUACUCACUGCUGUUAUGCCAGUAUAGAUAGUUGGGGAGAGUUGGAGAAUUCAAAUGUAUUUUACAAUUUAUUAAUAAGUUUAGUGGAAGCAGUCCUGUCAUCAAAUGUUCUCAGAAGGCAUUCCCCUUACAAACACUAAGCUGUUUGAGGAAGGAAUGAGAGAGAGAAAGAGAGAGAUUCUUGGAGCAAGUAGUAAUGGGUUCAAUAUUUUCUUACAUUAUUUUAAAAGUUGUCUACUGAUUCCCAAAAUGAUGAUGGUCACUUUAACUGAUCUCGAUGAUAUGGACAGAUAAAUUAGUGGUGGUUUCUGUAUAACUUUAUUUUGUGAUGUUAAUGUUCUUGCAAAGCACUUGUGUCACUUAGUGAAGCUAAAGUGAUUAACUGUAGAAUAGAACUUCACCCACAUUAGGGGAUUGGUGAAGGACACCCUGGAGAAAACUGUUUUGCUCCUUUUUAUGAGUCAUCUUGAGUUGUAUGGGAUCAACUUUGAAUCUAAUUGACCAACUCAAUUCAAAGAUCUCUUAGACCUUAGCACUUCACAAAUGUGCAAAUGUGGACGGUUGUUCCUCUCUGUUUUUAAAGCAUUCAAAAUUUAAUGAUUGGUUUACAAAUAUAGAUCUUGAAUAUGGUGACUUUAUUUACAAUACUCUUCCAGCUGGAAACAGGAAACUGAUAAUUUAUGUCAUGUUCGUAGUUACUGAUUUGGUGCCUUCGAUGAAGGUGAUUGUGCUGAAGCAGCUAUCUUGGAACAGAAAUUGCAGUGUCAAAAAGGCUAACAAGGUGCAAGUGAUGCAGCAGUGUUCCAGAGGAAGGAGAUUUAGAGAAUCAAUCAACCUGCCCAUUAUCCACUCUUUUUGGGGUAAAUUUACUACUAUCAGAAGCUGCUAGUCUCAGUUGAAGCAGAAAUUAAUGUUAUCUAGUUCUAUCUCAAUUAUGUUUUGGAGUCCUACUUGACUAGUAACAUCCUCCAAUCCUCUUCAUCUGAAUGGUGAGUUUAUCAUCCACGAGUUAAUCAAAUGGGCAUUGAUAAUCCAGAAGUAACAACUGGUUGAGGUUACUCUGCACCAUCUGAAUAGUUUACAAUCUAACCAUUAUUAAGGAUAUUUAAACAGCAAGCAAAAUAAUCUCAGUAUCAUAAGAUGUAAAUCUUUUGCAGGAAAUCUCUAUCUUGCAGAUGAUGAGGGCAUGAUAUCAGAGAGUGAGUAAUGUUCCACUCAAGUCGAUGCUUCCCACAUGCUGUCUGAAAAUAAUUACCUUUCAUUUUGUUGGUAUCUCCGGAUAUGUAAAUAAAUAGCUUGUACCAUUGCACCUUGUGAUACUGCUUUUACUGAGUUCUGUUCAAAUACCUCAUUAAUAUUUGUUUAGGUUUCUAAAUGUUUUCAGUCUCAUCUUUCUGGUUGUAGGUCAGCUUUGUGCAGUUUUUUUCCCCAGGUCUUAGCACAAAAAGAAAUGCUCGACUGAGCCUCUCCCUUUUUUGCUUUUUCUUGAAAACCACUUGCCAUCUCUUGGUUGUUGAUCAUACAAGGCUUGUCCUGGAGACUCCUAGAGGUAAUGACUAAUCUUCAGGACAUCAGUGCAAGCAACCCAUCAAAAAUCAAGAGUAAGAGAAUUCAAGUAGAGAUGUCAUUUAAAGAUAGGUUUUGAAGUGGAUUUUGCAGGUGGGAAAUUAAAUCGCAAGAUAGAAGGUAUGAUGAGAAUUUGUCAGGGUAGGUGAAUUGGAAGAAUAGAAGGUAGGGAUGGAAGAAGUCGGUGAAAUAGUGCCAUUGGAAACCCAAUUACUGAGAAUGAUAUUGAAAUGCACAUAAAGGUGAAGUUGGGUGAGAUUUAUGAAAGUCUAUGUUUAAACAUACGAAGAGCUUUGAGAUCGGAUUUCAGAUAAGCUGAAUUGUGAUGGAAGGCUGAUGUUAUAAGUCAAGCAUGGAGGGGCUGAGACAAGGAUAUAAGAAAUAGGAGUAAGAGUUGGCAUGUGGUCCUAUGUGCCUGCUUGACCAUUCAUCAAUUUCAUGGCUUAUGUUCUACCACAGUGCCAUUUUCUUCAAUGUCAUUUUGCUGUUGGUGUAGAAUGAAUUGUGUUUUGGCGCUGGUAGGGUCUUCUAAGUUUGGAGGCAAGUGAUGAUGUAGACAUAGAUGUACAUACCCUUGAUGGUAUGAUGUCAGGCAACAUUCUACCAGAGUGAGCAAAUGUGGGGAAUGUAGUUGCACUAAUGGUAUAUACUUACGGAAACUGAUUUUGCCAGUAUCAAGUUGGUGAAAGUUCGGAUGCAUUCACAACCUAAGCAUAUCCAACCAAUACACAGAAGCAAAGCCAAUAGCAUGGUAAAUCAUCAAGGAUGUUAUUAUUAACCUUUACAAUAUUUGAGUCAGACUGUUUUUAUGAAUACAGUAUCUAAUUCUGCUUGGUUGGAGACAUUUAAAAUGUCACCAAAAAAAAUCACCACCUGAUAAUUAGUAGUGUUAGAGUUUUGAAGCACAGAUAUUAUGUAGACUAAUCUUGAAAUGAAUGUCCAUGAGAGGUAAUGAAAGAUAUUCAGAAGGCAAAUGGGGGCAUUUUAACUGUAAAAGGUAACCAAAAGAUUACUAAGACUGAAGAUUAAAUUGUUUGUUGCUUAAAACCUGCACAGGAAAUGGUACAGACCCCGAAAUUAAAAUUAAUGUUGCAUUUGGACUUUGGGGACUUCUGUUAUUAAAAUGAAUGAAAGAGUGGACUGCAGGUAGUAAAGUCAUGAUGUCCAUCUGAACAAUAAUAGAGAUAAAAGUGGAUAUUGUCAGCACAUAUUUGAAAAUUUUUCAGGUCAGGAACAACGUAUGGAUGAGAAUUGAAAGAUUGGCAAAGCUAAACUAGUUGCAGGUGUUUUAAGAAAUGAAUGUUACUUGCCACCUACAAGCCCAUACCUAUAUGUCACCUUUUGUCCUCCUGAAUGCAGACACAAACUGCUGAGGAAUUGUAAAUGGAAUAGCAUACUAGUGAAAUCAUCAGUGAAUGCCCUCACUGCUGGUUUUAUGGUAGGGAGGAUUAAUUAAACAGCUGAACAUGUUUAAACCUAGGAUGCAGCCAGGAUGAAUUCCAGCAGACUUGGCCUCCAAACAGCCACAACCAUUAUCUGGUGUUCUGGUGCCAUAUCCUUUGAAGAGUUUACCCUUGAUGCUCUGUUUUGAAUUUUACUUGGCUUUCUUGAUGCCACAGUUAUUGAAAUGCUGCCUUGAUGUCAGUGUUUCUUUCCAUGUCCUUGAAUUUGGCUGAUGCUCAUAUUUAGACUAGGGAUGCCAACUCUGGAUCUGUUCUUAGAAGUUUCAUCACCUAACUUAAUGGUAUCAUGUUGACUGGUCUGCAUUGUACUCCCCGUUUGUCCAUCAUUUGUCUUUAAUGGAAAUUAGAAUAUUAAAUUGUAAUAAAUUUAAGCUUGCUGCAAAAUGUCCAGUUUUAAAGUGAAUCUUGUUUUCAAAGGGUUAAAUUAUGUUUGUUAUUUUGCUAAUGUACGUGUAUACUUGCAUAUGCAUUAGUUAACAUUAGUUAUAUAAAAAUAUAAAAUAGACUAUUAAGAAAACAUUGCAUUAAUUAUUCUUAACCUCCUUAGAGCAAUUGAGUUACCUGUAGAUGAAUGUUUUUGUUUAGUCUUUUUCUUAAAUAUGUACUUCAUGUACCACCUUGCUGCUUUCUGCAACUCUGGGGGGCUUUUUGAAUUGAAUACAAAACUCUUGGCAUAAGAGUUGUACCUGUGAUUCUGCUUUCACAAUGAUUCCACUUUGUUCUUUUGUCUAGAGCUGAGUUAUUGAGAGAAAAAUGCCUUCACAAUAGGCAUUUGAUACUGGGAUUGAAAUUGUGAAAGGACAGAGUUUAAACAUUUGGCUAUUUCCUUUUUCUGGUAGUUGUUUGAAGACUUUGAUCAACUUUUAGUUCCUUUUGAAAUCUCUUUGCUGUAUAAAAUGGUAAUGAUUAUACAGCUUGUCAAAAUUCCUUUUGACAUGAAGAAAUUCAGUUAAUUGUCAAGUGAGUGUUAGUUUUUAAACAUGUGGCUCUCAAAAUCUCAUUAUUUUUCAGGAUAUGCAAUGUAUCUGAUGCCUUACCUGCCUUCAAUUUCCAUGUGUUAGAUCGAGCAACACUUCCAAGAAAUAGUUUGAGCUGAUCUUUCAUAACAUGAUGUAGUUUAGUUUUGAAUGCUUCAUUGAAUACUCUCAUCAAGUUGUGAAGAAAGAAAACAUCAUCAAAUACUUCCUAUAUGAUCUUUUCACUGC